AAAGGGAAGUGUGAAACGUGAAGCAACAACACCUUUUAAACAAGACACAAGAAGAAGAACCAACCUAAUACGGCAUCAUCAUUAAGAUCCCUAAAUUCCAGGAAGAGAAAAGAUAGAGAGUGAACGAGAAGCUCCAUUAUUUGUUAAAAGUUACAAAAGCUUUCAGUGUCCGAACACGCUUAGAAAAUUUGUGCUUCGAAGCCUCGCAAAAGGGGUCUGUCUGUCUGUCUCUCUGUUAUUUAGGGGGCUAUUAACUUCUUUCUAUCGCAAGUCUGAAAAAUUGAAGCAGAGAGUAGAGAUGUGUAGCUUGUCGGCGAGUCUGCUGUUACCGACAAAGCUGAAACCAGCUUAUUCCGACAACCGAAGUAACAGCAACAGCUCACUCUUUCUCGCCAAUAGAAGACGACCCAAGAGGAAGAACCAAUCGAUUGUUCCCAUGGCAAGAUUGUUUGGACCGGCGAUUUUCGAAUCAUCCAAGUUGAAAGUAUUGUUUCUAGGGGUUGACGAGAAGAAGCAUCCAUUAACGCUUCCAAGAACUUAUACGCUCACUCACAGUGACAUUACUGCUAAAUUAACUUUAGCUAUUUCUCACUCCAUUAACAAUUCUCAGUUGCAAGGAUGGGCAAAUAGACUAUACCGAGAUGAGGUGGUAGCAGAGUGGAAGAAAGUGAAAGGGAAAAUGUCGCUUCACGUCCACUGUCACAUAAGCGGUGGCCAUUUCCUUUUAUAUCUCUUUGCAAAGUUUAGAUAUUACAUCUUCUGCAAAGAACUACCAGUGGUGUUGAAGGCUUUUGUUCAUGGAGAUGUGAACUUGUUGAACCGCCAUCCUGAGUUGCAAGAAGCUCUUGUUUAUGUUUACUUCCACUCCAAUGUCAAUGAGUUCAACAGAGUCGAGUGUUGGGGUCCGCUUUGGGAAGCUACUUCACUUGAUGGUCACAGGACUCUAACUCUUCCUGAAAAACAGUGCACUCAUGAAUGUAGUUGUUGUUUCCCACCGGUUAGCUCGAUUCCGUGGUCUCAUAGUCUUUGCAACGAAGGUGUUGUUGAUAGCUACUCUGGGACUCAGGGAGAGGGUAUGUCUACUCCUAGUCCAGAGAAACUCUAUUGAUUUAAACCAAUAUAUACAACUUUGUUAAAAACCUUUUUGGUGGAUCUAAUAUUGGUUUUGGUUUGGUGUAA